AUGGAUUUUAUUGAUUCAACAUAUUUUAAUAAUACACAUACUAAUACUAUUCCUCCUCCAAAUGGAGCUACUACUAAUACUGUUAAUACUAAGGAAUCCCCUUACGGGGUUAAGGAAACCCCUUACGGGGAUAAGGUAGUACCUUUCGGUGGUGGCCGUGGAGCAAGCACCGUAAUGGAGAAUAUUACUUCACCUAAUAAAUUCAAUAUAGAUGAUGGAAUAAGUGGAUAUGAAAAUAUAUAUAAUUCAAUAGAAAUCAUAGAUAUACCAGAAAUAAAAUCUAAAUUCAAUAAUACAUAUACUCCCGUAACGGUGACACGUCCCACGGAUACCAGUUCCUACGAUACGGAGUAUACUACUAAUACUAAUACUACUGGUAGUAUUCCUAGAAUACUUAGUACUCAUAAUCUAACUAGUACUAAGGGUGCCGUUGGACCAAACACCGUAACAGACACCGUAAUGGAUGAAAAUUAUAUUGUUGCUAUUACUGGUAAUACUAAUCGAAAUACUAAACAAUUUACUAUAAAUACUACUAAAGAAGCUACUGUUACUAAAGAUAUGGAAAAUAUGGAUAUGGAUAUGUUUGAUAGUAUAGAUACGGUGGAUAGUUUAAAUAGAGUUGAUAGUUUUGAUCGAGUAGAUAUUCUUAGUACCAAGGGUACUAUGGGAAAGGGAGCUAAUUCUAUGGGUAUGGAGUGUACUAUGGGUACUACUAAUACUAUGAGUAGGUGUAGUAGUAUGAGUAGAGUGGACAGUAGGAGUACUAUUAGUAGAAUAAGUAGUAUGAGUAGAAUAAAUAGUAUGAGUAAUAUGAUUGAUGGUAUGAAGAAUAUGAAGAAAGAAAUGAGUAAAGUUGUUAAAACUGGAUUUAAUAAACGUGUUUCUAGUAAACAUUUUUUUGAAAUUGAUAGUAUUUCACGUUACGGUGACAGGUCCAACAAUAGCCCCAAAAUUAAUAUCCUCACCAGUACCAACAGUAUCCUUACUAGUAGUAACAGUCCCAAAAGUAAUAUCCUCACCAAUAGUACCAGUACUAGUAAGUUCAAUACUCUUAACACUUUUAGUACUAAUAAUACUAUGGGAAAGGGAGCUAAUUCUAUGGUUACAGAGUGUACUACUAAUAAUAAUACUACUGUUAGGGAUAGUAUGGAAACCCCUUGGGGGGUUAAGGAAGCCCCUUUCGGGGCUGUUGGCAGUGGACCUGACACCGUAACGGAGAAUCUAAAACUAAUAGAUCCAAAAAAUGAUAUAAGAAGAAUACCAUCAUUUUAUGAUUUAGAACAAGUAGAAAUACAUUGUCAAAAUUCAUUAAAAUCAACAGAAUCAUUGAAAAGAGUUGGUUCGAAAGAUUCAUUUGAAUAUCUUUUAUUUGGUAAUUCACAAGAAUAUAUUUCAAUUUUACCAACAACUGAUACUGAAGUUUAUAAUAAAUUCAAUUCACAUUUAAAAUUAGAUCGUUUUCUAUUAUUUGGAUUCCAUUUCAAUAAAUUACUCAAUUCUAUUUCAUGGUUAGCAUCAAUACAACUUAGUUGUAAAUCUUUUAACUCCGUUACGGUGUCAGGUACUACGGCAACUGAAGGUACUGAAGGUACUAGUAUUGAUACUAUAGACAGUACAUUUGUACCUAAUAGUAGUAGUAGUACUAAUAGUAUACCUAGAAUACUUAGUACUCAUAAUCUACCUAAUACUAGUAAUAGUACUAAUAGUACUAAGGGAGUUGGUGUGGAUAAUAAGGUAGACCCUUUCGGGGUUAGUACUAAUACUAAGGUAGACCCUUUCGGGGUUAGUACUAAUACUAAGGUAGACCCUUUCGGGGUUGGUGGUGGACCAGACACCGUAACGGAUAUGGAAAGUAAUAUAGAAAUGAAUUUUAGAAGAAAGUUUAAUACAUUUCAAAAAUCAUCUUCUACACCAACAUUCACUAAUUUUAAUAUACAUUAA